GUCAUUCAUUGCAAAAUGGCGACUGGUACAAUAUCCUGGGUUAAAUUCAAGAAAGAUGCAGUUGAGUUUAUAAAGCGAUCCGAGGAACUCAGAGACAGUUGGGAGUUUAUGGUGCUACAGGAAGAGCCAGGGAAAGAAAUAUUGAUGAAAAAACAUGUUUAUCGAAAGAUGAAAAAGAACUGUAGUGAUGAAUGUAAGGAAGAAACCAUUACCAUGACAACAACAGAUGGAGAAUUAGGACUUUCUAGUGACUCAGAUGAUUCUCUAUUUGAGGAGUGUAGAGCGUUACAAAGUUCAUCUUUAUCUGGUCUGUGUUCAUAUGAGUAUCAUAUCAUAUACAGUGACAGCUAUUCUUUACCUGUACUCUAUUUUAAUUCUUAUAAAGAAGAUGGUAGACUCCUGACUUUAGAUGAAAUUUGGGAAAAUAUUCCCUGUUUAUAUCAAACACAUGUAAAAGAAGAAAAAUGGUCAUUUGUCACCCAACAGGACCAUCCUAUAUUAUGCCGACCGUUUUAUCAGUUGCAUCCAUGUCAUACUGCUGAUGUCAUGAGAAAUGUACCACUAGAUUGGAGCAAGUAAGCAUGGUUACCAUGAUGAUUACAACAAAACUAUUUAACGAGGGA